AUGUGCAUUGAGCUCAAGAUAACAUAUGCCUGUGGGCACUACGAGGAGCAGCUCACUUGGUGUCCCAGUCUUCAAAAGAAGAAAUCUUCACGCCGUAACAAGUUCCUUGGCUCCUACAAGGGUAUGAAGCACUGCGGAGCUGUACGUCGAGAGAGGCCAGCGUCUCACCGCAACUGUGACAAUUGCUUGGUCAAAACUGACGGCUUGCUCAGCCAGCGAGUAGGCAAUGGAGCCAGCCUUGUUCACCGGCCCCUUGUUGAUGAGAGCUUCCGACAGGAGCGGCUCUGUGCGGCCAGAGAAUCACUAAGAGAGGCUCAAAAGGGCACUCUGAAGCCCAAAGGCUACGGGCACCAUGUGAAUAUUUCUUCGCAGACUUCUGUCUGGGUUCCUGAUUACUAUCACCAUCCUCGGACGGUAACAGCGACGGCAAAUUAUGCCCGGGCAAGUGCUCCGGCGCCGCCAGUGGCGCCUCCGAGAGCACCCUCCAGAGCUGAAAGAUCCCGGAGUUUUUCCCAAGGUAGGCCCUUCGCGUCUCGCGCCACUUCGGGUCAGUCCAGCAGAAAUAAAGAAGGCAGCAGCCAAAUCGCAGGGGUCUCGGACGGGUCCCCAAGAUCAAUUCGGAAGCCAGCGAAGCCACUUCCGACUUGGAAGGCUCAGAGUCUGCGGCAUACUGGCAGGCUUCCUCAACGCGAUCAGGGAUAUGACCAUGAAGAUUCGCUGCCUGUGAGAGGUCGACCGUUUCCCACAAGUGUCGCAUCACGACAACUGCCAAGACCCAUAUUCGAGACGUAUCUGCAAGCACACAAGGAAGUCGAGAGAUUGCAUGCCCUAAACCAGCGCCCGCUGCCCAAUUCUUCGCGAAAAACGCCACAGGCCACGACAAAGCAGACAUUGCUCGCGUCGCUCGGCUUGGGAUCAAGCCACCACGCCGGCGGGGAAGCGGAUUCGGAUGUGUCAUUUGCUUGUGAAGCCGCUCGCAGAAUUGAAGCUAGAGCCGCAAGGCGUUGA